CUGGAAUCCCCCUUAGCUCCACCCAUAGGCGACCCUGAGCCUGUACACGUGAUCGGGGCUGCGCUCCCUCCCGGCGGCUGGGGUUGGGGGGAGACUCUAGAAUCCCGUAUACCCGGAGGUCAGCGGCCGAGGCCUCAGGCGGAAAACCGCGCGCUCAAGAGUCCCAACGUCUGCUGCGUACAUGGCGUGCGAACCACAGCGCCUGUAUAUCAAUAGGAGGGGAAUUCUAGGAGCCGACGUGUGAACAUGUUCCUGAGCCAGUGCAGCCCUGGAUCCCUAUGUAGAGACGCCUGAGGAUCGGACCGUAGCUCUUGUGCCUUAUCUCCCCCCCUCAGUCUGGUGAAGUUUUCGGACACGUCUUCGCCUACGUUCUUCUGUAUUAAAUAAUUUUUGACGUUUCCCAGUCUCAGCGCCAUGGAGCCAGGAGAGGAGAGAUGACACAACUUCUCAUCUCACAGGAUCUUGAGACGAGUGGGAACUUGCUGCUUACUGAACCUUAGCCCUGCGGAGGGGACGUGCCGGAGUAUUUUUUUUAAUAAACUUUUUGUUUUGCCACUUGUCUAACACCAUGACCAUCGCCAAGGGCAAGUGUCUGCUGGCGUUCCUCUGUGUCCAGCUGGUGGUCAUGGCUCUGCUCUACAGGGAGGGUUACCGCAAGCGGGUGGCGUAUUUCUUUGGUAUAUUUUCCAAGAAUGGACCCCAAUCUAUCGUGCUCAUCAACCCCCAGAACCUCUCUCUACCUGGUGACGUCUAUGCCAAUCUCAGUCUGAUAGCCAAACCGCCCGUGCGGGAGGAUCUGCUGCCAUUUUGCCCUGAGACAUCUCCUUAUAUAGGAGGACCUAUCCGCGUCCAGUUGCCAGACAGCUUGACGCUGGAAGACGUGGUCCACAAGAACCCAUAUGUGACCAACGGAGGCCGCUACAAGCCCCCCGACUGUGUGUCUAACCAUAAGACCGCCAUAAUCAUCCCUCACCGCAAUAGGGAACAGCAUCUUAAAUAUCUCCUGUAUUACAUGCAUCCCUUCUUACAGAGGCAGCAGCUCAACUACGGGAUCUACAUCAUCCAUCAGGCAGGGAAUCGAACUUUCAAUCGGGCCAAACUGCUGAAUGUCGGCUUUAAAGAAGCGAUGAAGGAUGAGGAUUGGGACUGCAUGUUCUUUCAUGAUGUAGAUCUCAUUCCCGAGGAUGAUCGCAACUUGUACAUCUGCGACAAGUUCCCGAAGCACGCCUCCAUUGCCAUGGACAAGUUUGGAUACAAGUUGCCUUACAAGUCAUAUUUCGGAGGGGUCUCUGCCCUCACCCCAGAACAGUACAUGAAGAUGAAUGGAUUUCCAAAUAACUAUUGGGGAUGGGGCGGAGAGGACGACGACAUUGCAGUCAGGGUGGCGCUCAGCGGCAUGUUGAUAUCGCGGCCAUCUGUAAGACACGGGAGGUAUAAGAUGAUAAAACACGGACACGACAAAGGAAACGAGCAGAAUCCUCGAAGGUUUAACCUCUUGGCGAAGACGCGACGGUCGUGGAAACAAGACGGGAUGAACUCCCUGCAGUAUCACCUCAUAUCCAAGGAGCUGCAGCCUCUGUAUACCAACAUCACCGUAGACAUUGGCUCAGAAAAAGGCCAGAAGCCCCACACGUGAGACCACCCUGUUCCCGGCCUGCCAGCUGUGCCCUAUCCUCUAUACAGAGCCCCCCUCGUAUUGGAACCAUGGAGGGAGGGGGGAAGGGGGGUGGCUGAAACCCGACAAGAUGUUACAAUAUAUAAAUAUGUUUUUUUUUUAUCUUUCUACAUUUCUUUAAAUCGCCAACCACAAAACCAAAGAUGGGAUCCAGCCCCUAGAGGGCAGUGCACUCAAUCCCAACGCCCCCCUCCCGAUCCCUGUCACAAGAGGUCGUGGCUUCCCUCUUGUGCACAUAGCUGUGGAGCACCCCAUGCAGUGCACAUAGCUGCAGAGCACCCCAUGCAGUGCACAUACCUGCGGAGCACCCCAUGCAGUGCACAUACCUGCGGAGCACCCCAUGCAGUGCACAUACCUGCGGAGCACCCCAUGCAGUGCACAUAGCUGCGGAGCACCCCAUGCAGUGCACAUACCUGCGGAGCACCCCAUGCAGUGCACAUACCUGCGGAGCACCCCAUGCAGUGCACAUACCUGCGGAGCACCCCAUGCAGUGCACAUACCUGCGGAGCACCCCAGGCAGUGCACAUAGCUGCGGAGCACCCCAGGCAGUGCACAUAGCUGCGGAGCACCCCAGGC